AAUUUUACUGUACGCAUUUUGUUCGCACUCUUCUUCUUCGUCUUUCUUCUUCUUCUCUUUCAUAUUAACAACUCUUUCUCUUUCUCUCUCUAUAUAUAUGUGUGUUUAUAUAGGUACGCAUUUGUAUGUGAUCACUUUGGGGUUCUCUUAGAUUCUGCGGACGGAAAUAAUCUCCGGAUAAUCCGAAUUCAAAUCGGUUAAAUAAAUUUUUCCGAACGGGAGGAAUACAAUACGAGCGAAAAUAAUUAGUUAUUGAUUUGAUUUUUCUUCUUUUUUAAAAUAAAAAUUUGAAUUAGGGAUUUUAUUUUUGGUAGCGUGUGUGUAUAUAUAAAGGGCUGCCUAGUGAGGUGUUUUUUUUUCUUGGAAAUGAAGAUGGGAGGUGGGAUUGUUGGGUUUGAGGAGGUGGCCAUGGCGGUGGUGGAAGAGGAGCGGGAGAGAAGGGAAGAAAUGGGGGAGAUUGCGGCGGCGCAGAAGAAGUAUGCGGUGGUGGGCGGAGGGUUUCCGCAGGCGCAGCCGGGGAAGGUGGUGGUGGUGGGGUAUGCUCUUACUUCUAAGAAAGUUAAGAGCUUUUUGCAGCCCAAGCUUGAAAGUUUAGCUAGGAACAAGGGAAUACUUUUUGUUGCUAUUGAUGAAAGCAGACCCCUUUCAGAUCAGGGUCCUUUUGAUAUUGUACUCCACAAGUUAACAGGAAACAAGUGGCAGCGUAUACUAGAGGAAUAUAGGCAGACCCAUCCAGAUGUUACAGUCCUAGAUCCUCCAGAUGCGAUACAGAAUGUAUAUGAUCGCCAAUACAUGCUUCAAGAUGUUGUAGACUUGAAUUUCUCAGAUGGAUAUGGUAAAGUUGAUGUUCCUAGGCAGUUGGUUAUUGAGUAUGAUCCUUCCUCCAUUCCAGAUGCAGUGACCAAAGCGGGGCUGAGAUUACCUCUCGUCGCGAAGCCGUUAGUUGCAAAAUCACAUGAGUUAUCGCUAGCCUAUGAUAAGCUAUCCCUUCAGAAACUUGAACCACCGCUUGUUCUGCAAGAGUUUAUCAACCAUGGUGGUGUCAUGUUUAAGGUUUAUAUUGUCGGAGAAGCAAUUACGGUGGUCAGGAGAUUCUCGCUACCCGAUGUAGGUAGACGUGAGCUGUCAAAAAACGACGGUGUUUUUCGUUUUCCAAGGGUUUCUUGUGCAGCUGCUUCUGCAGAUGAAGCAGAUCUAGACCCGUGUGUUGCUGAACUUCCCCCACGGCCCUUGCUCGAGAGACUUGCAAGGGAGCUGCGUCGACGACUGGGUCUUCGGCUCUUCAACCUGGAUAUGAUUCGAGAAAAUGGAACAAAGGACCGGUACUAUGUCAUAGAUAUCAAUUAUUUUCCAGGGUAUGGGAAAAUCCCAGAAUACGAGCACAUAUUCACCGAUUUUCUCCUCAGCUUGGUGAAGCACAAGUAGAAACGAGAGAUUCCUGCCACGACAUGUAGUCGGGGGCAGCUCAAGUUUUGAAAAACAUGGAACAACGCCACGCCACGCCACAUCUCACUAAACGGCCUUCACAAGUGACCAUCCACAUUGCCGCAAAUUCCAGAAGUUGGUCUGGGAAAAUUUGCCAAGCAAUCGCGUUCUUGUACUGCUGGCCAAGGGGAUGCGCCUACAGAAGCAGGUCCCUCGCUCGAAUUCGAUUCUAAAGAACAAUAAAUCUUUUUUUUUUUUUUUUUUUUUUUUUUUUUUUUGGUUUUGUUUUUUAUGUUUUGGAGUAUAUUCAUUCUUUUCCCAGGGUUUGGGAAGGGUGGGUGUUGGGUGUUUUUAUUGUCUUCAUGGAUGCUGUUUUGGUAGAUGGAUUCAUGAAGGUGGAUGGCCAUGUAAAGUUCACUUUUACAUCUGUACUGAAAGUACAAGUGGUUUAAAGCACCCUGCAAAUUCCCUUUUCAUGGUGGAAUAAAUGAGUAUACAUUCUUUAUUUCAUGUCA